AUGGAGACUCUUCACUCUUUGCCUCGGAACCAGGACGUUCCGAUGCGACAGCCGUCAGCGGAGGACUUGGAUGCUGCUCAGCAGUUGAUCUCCUCGGCGCAGGCGGGUCGUGAACAUAUGGCAGAUCACUACAGGGAGGAUUCGACGGCUCAGGAGUCUGGCCAGUCUGGACCAGAUCGAUGGGGACACAAUGAUCUUCCAGGCCAAAAAACAUCACCAAGCGGGCAAAAAAGCGUUAUUUUCGUAGGACAUUCAUGCAGCAAUUGCGGUACAAAAAGCACGCCACUUUGGCGUCGUUCCCCGACAGGAGCGAUGAUCUGUAAUGCCUGCGGACUUUAUCUCAAGGCUCGCAACGUCGCCCGCCCCACGAAACGAAAUCGCAUGCAACCAGAAGGCGGCGAAAAGCCGGCUCCUCCCGCUCAUGUCAACCCCGAUGGUUCCGCACACUCUGGAGGUGGAUGCAAGGGCUCGUGUCCUGGUGGUGGGAGUUGUAAUGGUACCGGUGGUGCCGAGGGGUGCGACGGAUGUCCAGCUUACAAUAAUCGCAUCUACAAGUCCGCACCCCGAGGAACCACUGCCAUUCAAUCUUCAUGGGGACGUGCUCCAGCAAAUGAGCCUGGACCCGCGCCGAAAGAGGAGCCACCAGUGAAGGUUCCCGCUUCGAACGAUGGGAAUAAUACUCUCGUUGCUUGCCAAAAUUGUGGGACGACCGUGACUCCUCUUUGGCGACGCGACGAACAGGGUCACCCGAUUUGUAACGCUUGUGGAUUGUACUAUAAGCUCCACGGAUGCUAUCGGCCCACGAAUAUGAAGAAGUCUAUCAUCAAACGUCGCAAACGUGUUGUUCCUGCCCUACGAGACCAGUCUCCCACCGCUGCCACCCAGUCAUCCAAUGGCUCUUCCGCAUCUCCAGAAGCCUCGCCUGCUACCUUGGCUCAUGGCCACGACGAUCAUUAUCGAUAUAUGAGCAACGAGCCCAUGGACCAUUAUCACAUGAUGCCUGGCAAAACUGAAGAUGCACCCCGACCCAUGCCUUUCGCGCCACCACCGGUCGAUUUCACCGGCUACAAUGUCUCAUCUGUGCCUCCUCAUGGCGCUUCCAUCUCGCACGGUUUACCGAUGCUGUUGGGAGUAGAACGUCUGGGUCAUUCUCCCGUGUCCUACGGCCGACGCUCGGCAUCCCCGAACUCCCUCAACCUUCCCAGAAAGCGAACCUUGGCAGAGACAGCCACGGAAGCCCUGCCAGUCCCCAACACUCUGGAGGCAGGGUCAAAUCAGCUGCCUCCGAUCAUGUCCUCGGCUAACCCCACCCCACCCGGCCGGCUUAGCUCCAUCUCAUCCAUCCUGAACCAACCCGAUGUUCGCGGCGAAGCCCGUUCAGAUCCCAACCUGAACAGGCCCCAACCCCUCCACCAAUCUGUGUCUCCCGCACCUCAUACCCCGCAACCGUUGCCUGGCAUUGCAUCUCUUGGUGACUCGGUAGAUCGCCGUGCUAGAUUAGAACGCGAAGCCGAGAAUAUGCGCGAGGCACUCCGAGCCAAGGAGCGCGAGUUGGCCGCGAUGAGGCGGUAA